CAAUGAAGUCUAGCGUAAAAUGAUUGGUAUUGACUGGCUGAGCACUAGCCCUAGCUCUACAAUGAAAUUUGUAGCUCUGUCAUGUUUGUGCCAUUAUUUCGUCUACUGAAGUAGGCCUAAGCUUAAAGUUUGCAUUUUAAGGAAAUUGUAUUAGACUGUUGAAGCAGCUGGAGUUCAGAAUGAUACAACAAGUAUGACCUCGAUUAUUCUUUGAUGUCGAAACUAGACAUAAGAAUCAUGAUUCCACCGACGUUUCACUGUGGCGCUGUGGAAGGUUUUUAUGGCCGGCCAUGGACCACCAGCCAGCGCAAGAACCUGUUUGCCCUCAUGCGACGGCUGAAGCUUAACACAUACAUGUAUGCACCAAAAGACGACUGCAAGCAUCGCAUGUACUGGCGUGACAUGUACUCUGUAGAGGAAGCUGAGCAUUUAACUGGCCUGAUAGACGCAGCUAAAGAACACAAUGUGGACUUUGUCUACGCUUUGUCUCCUGGCCUGGACAUAACCUUCUCCAGUGCCAAAGAAGUGACAUGUCUGAAGCGGAAACUGGAGCAGGUACGGCAGUUUGGGUGCGAAGCAUUUUCUCUCCUCUUUGACGACAUUGACACUGACAUGUGUGCAGCUGACAAGGAGGUGUUUCAGACAUUUGCCCAUGCUCAGGUCUCCGUAACUAAUGAGGUCUUUCAGCAUCUUGGUCAACCCAAGUUCCUGUUCUGUCCAACUGAGUAUUGUGCAUCGAGAGCAGAACCAUCCGUCCGGAAGUCUGAGUAUCUGCGGACAAUCGGCUCCAAACUACUCCCAGACAUCAAAAUCAUGUGGACAGGACCCAAAGUCGUAUCAAAAACGAUUUCUGUGGAGUCCAUCCUUGAAUUGACAGAGGUGAUCAAGAGAAAACCCGUCAUCUGGGAUAACGUCCAUGCCAAUGACUAUGACCAAAAGAGGAUAUUCCUUGGUCCAUUCAAAGGGCGUUCCUCUGAGCUACAUUCCUACAUCAGCGGCAUUUUGACCAACCCCAACUGUGAAUAUGAAGCCAACUACAUUGCCUUGCACACUCUGGCCACGUGGUCACAUUGUUGUGAUGGAGUGACUGACGAAAACAAGGAGGAACCUGGUGGAAGCUCCUCUGAAAAUCCCACCAUUGAAGCAGAAAUUAAACUGGAAACGGAAGGAGAAAAUGAGUCUGUCCCAUCACAUAGGAACUAUCCAAACCAUGGGCUGUACGAUCCAGACUUGGCACUCAAAGCUGCAGUCACUGAGUGGAUGGACGUGAUUAUGACUGCAGUGCCAACAAGUGAGAAACGGUUACUGGCCCCAGCUCUUGUGACUGUGCCUCCUACGGCCCCACCCAUACCCAGCAUCAACACCUGUAUGAGCAUCACAACUCCCACCACGUCCAGCGGGCAAGAAAUUCCCUCCCCAGGGGAGGGGCAGCUCGCAGAGGAACUCCUGAAAAACAAGAAGGCGUUCGAUAACCUGGCUGCCGUCAGCGAAGGGGCUGAUAACUUCAAGCCAAUUCCUAACCCUGUCAACUCGCUCGUCACCAGUGCAUUUGCACCUAGUGACCCACUGGAGCCCAUGGACUGCAACGGAGACUUCUCGCAGAAGGCAGAUGUGCCGUUGCCAUCGCUCCCACCGAGCGUUGUCCCAACGAAGAUGAGCUCCAACGUCCCGACCACCACCACCACGGUGUGCAAGGUCAGCGAGGUCGCCAUGCAGAUUGACGAGACUCUCGAGAAGGACUCCGAGGAGAGCCAGGCUCGCCCUGAGAAUGCACCGAAUGCAGGAGAAAAGACUGCGGAGGUGGAGGCAAUGGCCGAGACAACGACAGACACAGACACGGAGAUGCAGAGUGAUGGCGCCGAUGCAGAUAGUCAACCCGAGGACGUGAACAUUGAAUCCGCCGAGCCAGACUCGGACAUCCCCGAUGAGGAUUUAGACACAGACAAGCAUGCCAAGAAGCUGGAGAGGAUCACCGUAGAGGACGUGCUGCUCCUGGUGGAACUCUUCUAUCUGCCAUAUGAACACGGCAAGAAAGCAGUCAAGAUGCUGGAGGAGAUACACUGGUUGAAAAUGAACGCACAUCAAGUCAGCGAGUCCAAACUCAAGUCUGAUCCAUCUGAUAUGGCAAUUGAGUGGGCAGACCGAGCUGCUAAUUUUGUGGACUUCAGCCGGCAGGUGCACAGAAUGAUGAUGCGCCUUCUCAACAUCCCCAACCGCUCACUGCUCUACGACCUGUACCCUUACAUGUGGGACAUGGAAGGGGUCAUAUCCAUGCUGGCAUCCUUUGUCAAGUGGCUUGAUCUUGGGAAAGUUCCUCGUAUUGGCUGCUGUUUCAUGGACUAUCAUCCAUCAUGGUGUUCCAAGAACUACAAGGAAGCCUUCAUGAGCGGUGACCUAGAACCAUGGGUGUUUCGUGGAGGGCUGACUGCCGAGUUCCAGAGGAUGCUGCCAUUGAAUGGAGCUGCCGACCUGUUUUCCAAGAAGCCAUACAGUGUCAGCAGCAAGGUCUACACAAUCCGACCCCUUCUGCCUGCAGAUGAGGAUGCUGUUUACAGGGCAUGUCUGCUCACUUGUGAUGAUGGGGAAGAUGGCACUGAUCUCUUCCUCAAUCAUCCUCAACUCAUCGGAGACAGGCUUGUGGGCCCCUUCCUGACCUUCAGCCGGGAGUACUGCUUUGUCCUGUGUGACGGGGAGGACAUCGUGGGCUACGCCCUAGCCGCCUUCAAUGCCAAGAACUUCAACAAGCAGGUGGAGGUAGCCUGGCUGGAGGAGAUGAAGAGAAAAUACCCUAAGCCGGCCAAAAGCAAGAAACCAACUCAAGCAGAGAAAACUAUCCUCAGUUUCCACAAAGACCCUGUGCCUCUGUCAGAGUCUUUGUUCAGUCGCUUUCCCUCCCAGCUUCGCUUGGACGUGCUGCCACGUGUGGAGGACACGGGAGUCGUCAAGAACAUGUUGGCCUGCGUCUUAUCAGCACUGAAAACAAGUGGUUCUCACGGUGCUUUCGCCGAGGUCAGCACUGACCUCAAGGGCCAGAUGGAGUUCUACAACAAGCUGGGCUUCAUAGAUGUCUCUGACUCUGGAGGAAAUCCGGACGAGGUUGCCAUCCUGGGACGAAUAAUAUAACAGCACAAGUAUUUCCUGCUGGUUCCAUUUCAAGCAAUGCUGUGGAGGUCAAACAGCCUGCGCACGUCUCGUAAUUCAUUUUCUAGGUUUUUUUUUUUCUCAUUGCGAAUACCGAUUUAUACUGAGGGUAACGUCUGAUCAGGUUUCCAGCGGUACUUAACACAUUAACUUUUGUAACAGUGUAUUCUAUUGUUCAAAAUUUUGCUCUGAUUCAAAUGCAUUGUGAGACUUAUGUGGAGGUUAACAUUAUGCAGUCUUAUGAAAAUGAGUCCUCUGGUACGAAACCAAUUAAACACUAUUAUUCAGAAGCUUGCCCGGUUUCUAGUGAUUCACAUUUUGGGGUUGACUUUAAAAAAGAUAGGUGCAAAAAUUAGUCAUGUAGUUCAGUCACAAAUCAGAAAUUACAGGAAUGCUCUUCUAAUCUCUAUUAUGACUUAAAAAGUAUUGAUGGAUGAAAAAGAACUUAGAUUCUAACUUCCCAUGAACCAAACACACAAGUCGGAAGUUUUUAAUGGGACAGGCUCCAGCAUUUGGUAAUUUUGUGGGUCCAAAUAAGAAAAAUGCAGAAGUUUUUAAUCCUGAUUCCUUUCGGCAGUGGAAGGUGCUGGUCAUAGCAGAAAUGUGCAUUUAUACUUAUGUCUGCACACAUGUACACAUUCUUGGGAGGUAGGCCGGGACCAACAACCGUGGAAUCUGAAACUUACUACACACACACACAUUGGUAGGAGGUACCAAUAGGCCUUAUGCUAAUGCACCCCCCCCCACAACAACUAAAAAAAAUUGUUACUAGAGCAUUUACUAACCCAAGAGAUAUGAGGAACAUCAAACUAUUCUGUGUACUUGUAUUACAGCAUAGUUUUCUUGUACAAUGUAGUAGUUAAAUGAUAUUUAUGGUUCCCCUUUUUGUCACUUACAGUAUGCUGUGGGUAUGGGGAUACAUGUACUUGUGUUGUUGGUAUCACAAAACAGUAUUUGGUGUUAUUUUGGUGUUAUUAGGCUUAAGGGUGAAGGCUGGGGAUUUUCAUUUGUAAUGUACGUGUAAACUUCCAGGCAUGAUUGUGUGUGGAUGCCAGCCCUAUUAAGUGGCCCAUCAGUAAGCUGCAGUAGUUUGUUCUUCAAACUCACAGCGAUCUGUAGAGACCAUUACAUAAACGGCUGUGUCAUCAAUCAAGGUGCCAGAUCCCCUGUGGGUUUUUCUCUUGGGGGGGAGAAGGACCGGGAGGUGAAUCACUCUCGAGUAACAACUUGAAAGGGUAAAUCACGAAUUCUUUUUAAAAUUAGCCACUUAUAAACAAACUGCAUAAACUGGGCUUGUGUGUCCAUCUUGGACAAAGGCUUCGUACGCACAGUGUCAAUUGAAAGCAUUGGAACUAAUCCUCCCUGAUAACAGUAGCAUUCAAAUUGCUUGUGUAAUAAGUGCUCACACAUUCUUUUCUCUUACAGCACAAGUGUGCUUUCCUCUUGUGUCUUGGAAUCAUGGGGGAUAUAUCUCCCCCUCUUGAGGGGGGGAGGAUUACCAAUCCAAUUAUCCCCCCCCCCACACACACAUUUCAAGUCACUUUGUGCACACACAUAGCCUGCGCCACCAACUCUGCACUUGCCGGCGUCACAAUCUCACCUGGGAUGGAGGCUGUGCUCAGCACAGUGGAUGAAUACGAAAUCAUCCCCCUCCCACACACACACACACACAUGUGACAAGAAAUAUCCUCCCAUGCUUGGAAUUACUGGUGGGGUAAUUCCUUAAAGAUAUCUAUUCAAUCUCAUUCAUUCAUUCAUUCAUUCUGAAUGGCAUUGAUGUGCUGUAGACUUUGUUUUAGUAUAUGGGUAGAAAGUUGAAUACUUGUCAGCAUGGAAUCGAAAAGGAGCAUCACUCCCAGUUUCUCUCAUUUGAACCUUUGCAUUGUAAUCUUUUGCAGAGUAAGGGCAACUGUUAAACAGAAAAACGAGCGAGAAAAUACACCUGUCUGAUGUUAGUUUUCCUGGGAUGUAGGAAAGUCAUAUUACUAUCCGGUGUCUUUGUUUUAUUUUGGGGUCCUUAAUUAUUGGCAUGCAGCAUUGUGGUAUAUGAUGCCAAUAAAAUAACAGAAGUUGAUCUUCAAAAUUGUCA